UGAAACCCAGCAUGGUGCUUUUUGAAAAUUUACUCCAUAUGCUGUUUUCAAUUUAGUGUGACUUUGUACACUGUUUUCAGUUCAUUUUGAAGAAUUUAUAAUGGAAAUUUGUAGCCAACUAUCACAUAGCUAUGUUCUUCUAAAAUAGCUAUCUGUAGUCACUUUUUUAGAAAUUUUUUUUGGGGGGAUGGGGUUGUGAGAAAGGACCAGAGAAAAAUGUAUGAAAGUUGCAGUCUUUAUCAGAAGUAAUUGAUUAUAAUUCAGUAAUUAUGCAAAUUGAUGGACUUAAUUUCAGAGUAAAUUUUCAUUUAUUAGUUGUAGGGAUUUCUUAGUAUUUAGGAUUAUUUUAAUAUUACUGUUGUUCCUAUUACUAGGUAGGUAAGAUGCUUAUAAUCAAGGUAUUUAGGAAUAAACCACCCCAUUCAGUUAAGUAUACAUAAAUUGGUUCUAAAAGUCAAUUAGUUUCCUGAGACUAGGAAACAUUUUUUUCAAAAAUGUCAUCAGUUACCCAAUGCAUAUUCUUUGGAACUGGAUUCUUUUAUAAAGGCAUCUUGACAUUGCAGGUGAGAUGCUUUAUUAGCUGAAUGAGGGUAGGCUUCCUUUUCAUUUGGGGCUGAUUACUUGCUGUAGGCUUUUUUUUUCCUAUUUGAAAUUGAAUCUAUUUAGAAGGUUACAAAAUUAUUUGCAUCACAAGUAGAUAGUUUCAAUGAACAGGAUAGGGACACGCAGGAACAAAUUUCAAUUCGCACAUAUUUGUUUUUUUCUUUUUCUUUUUUUUGACUAAUUUGGUUAUUUGCCAUUUCUGGGGAUUAAACUUUAAAAAAUGUUCUUCUUUUCUGUAUCUGAUGUUCUGUGUGCUAUUAGUGAUGCAGCCAACACGAACGGUUGUCAUGUGUAACACAACUUUCGAUCACCGCGAAAACACCGUCCUGGGAAAGCGUCCAUGCUUGAUAUCGUUUGGUUCAUGAACAUUAAGUUUCCAGUACAGGUAAAAUCCCAGAGGAAGCCAAAGCCCUCUCUCUAUUGGCUCCUGCUCCAACCAUGACAGGUCUGAUGCCUGGUGCAGGCUUGCUUCCCAUCCCGACCCCAAAUCCCCUGACUACACUGGGUGUUUCCCUUAGCAGUUUGGGAGCUAUACCAGCAGCAGCACUAGACCCCAACAUUGCAACACUUGGAGAGAUACCACAGCCACCACUUAUGGGAAAUGUGGAUCCUUCCAAAAUUGAUGAAAUUAGGAGAACUGUCUAUGUUGGCAAUUUGAAUUCCCAGACAACCACAGCUGAUCAACUACUUGAAUUUUUUAAACAAGUUGGAGAAGUGAAGUUUGUGCGGAUGGCAGGUGAUGAGACUCAGCCGACUCGGUUUGCUUUUGUGGAAUUUGCAGACCAAAAUUCUGUACCAAGGGCCCUUGCUUUUAAUGGAGUUAUGUUUGGAGACAGGCCACUGAAAAUAAAUCACUCCAACAAUGCAAUAGUAAAACCCCCUGAGAUGACACCUCAGGCUGCAGCUAAGGAGUUAGAAGAAGUAAUGAAGCGAGUACGAGAGGCUCAGUCCUUUAUCUCAGCAGCUAUCGAACCAGAGUCUGGAAAGAGCAAUGAAAGAAAAGGCGGUCGAUCUCGUUCCCACACUCGUUCAAAAUCCAGGUCUAGCUCAAAAUCCCGUUCUAGAAGGAAAAGAUCACAGUCAAAACACAGGAGUAGAUCUCAUAAUAGAUCACGUUCAAGACAAAAAGAUAGACGUAGAUCUAAGAGCCCCCAUAAAAAACGUUCUAAAUCAAGAGAAAGAAGGAAGUCAAGGAGUCGUUCGCGUUCACGGGACAAAAGAAAAGACACCCGAGAAAAAAUCAAGGAAAAGGAAAGAGUGAAAGAAAAAGAUAGAGAAAAGGAAAGGGAAAAAGAGAGAGACAGGGAAAAGGAACGUGAAAAAGAAAAGGAACGGGGUAAAAACAAAGAUAAAGACCGGGAUAAAGAACGGGAAAAGGACCGAGAUAAAGACAAGGAGAAGGACAGAGACAGAGAGCGGGAAAAAGAACAUGAAAAGGAACGAGACAAAGAGAAGGAGAAAGAACAGGACAAAGAAAAGGAACGAGAAAAGGACAGAUCUAAAGAGAUAGAUGAGAAGAGAAAGAAGGAUAAAAAGUCCAGAACACCACCCAGAAGUUAUAAUGCAUCAAGAAGAUCUCGUAGUUCCAGCAGGGAAAGGCGUAGAAGGAGGAGCAGGAGUUCUUCCAGAUCGCCAAGAACAUCAAAAACCAUAAAAAGGAAAUCUUCUAGGUCUCCAUCCCCUAGGAGCAGAAAUAAGAAGGAUAAAAAGAGAGAAAAAGAAAGGGACCAUAUCAGUGAAAGGAGAGAGAGAGAACGUUCAACCUCUACAAGAAAGAGUUCUAAUGACAGAGAUGGGAAAGAAAAGGCGGAGAAGAACAGUACUUCACUGAAAGAAAAGGAGCACAACAAAGAACCAGAUUCAAAUGUGGGCAAAGAAGUAGAUGACAAAGAUCCUCCACCAAGGACUGAGGAAAACAAAGUGCAGCAAAAUGGGAAUUGUCAGCCAAAUGAAGAAAACCUCUCUACCAAAACAGAAGCUGUAUAGGACCCACAAGUGCACCUCUAAACACAUGCUGGAAUAAAAUCCAAAGCUUUUAAUGCUCUCAACAAGAUGUUAAAACAGUGAGGAAAUCCAGUAGAGCAUAAAGAUAUGAGCUAACAGCUUUCCUAGUUGUUAGGGGACUUUGUGGCCAUCUUGUUACUGAGUAAGAAAACAAAGCAUGGACAUCAUGAAAAUAACAGGUGUUACCCAAACUCCUCAUCUUCUAAAAUCUGUGCAUUUCCAUGGUGGCUGACACACUUGUCAUGUGGUUUGUUAGUGUUUGCCAAGAACCAUUAUAAAUAAACAGGACGUUGAAGACCUAAAUUUGUAUGAUCCAUAAAGACUGGAGAUAAACAUUGGAGGCUGUUUUAAAAAAUGCUAGUAACUGAAUUUUUGUAUUGUUUUACUUUUUUUUAAAAAACUAUUUCAAUAUAUGCAGAUUGAUGAUGUGCUUGAAUCGGUGCAGAUAUAUACACACCCUUGUAAGUGCAGAGUAUGUAAGAAGUUUUAACAUUUACUUCACAGGAUAUACAGUGAUUGUGUUAAAUUCUCACUAUUGUGUUUUCUUUUGCUCACUGUUUAGGACAGCAGUUUUUCUUUAAAAUAGUUUUACAGAUUAAAAUUGCUUAAAUAUGUGGAUUAAAAACCAACUGACAAUGCAUGCUACUAUUUACUAUUCUCUUUCAAAAAGAAGAACAACUGUGUUGAAUACUAAUAAUGUAUUAGUAUUCAGUGUUUAGAAUCAUUGGGUCUCCCCACAAAGUAAGCGUUUCUUUUUGAACUUUCUUGACAUUUCCGAGCUUAUUAUGAACAAUAUUGCAGUGUGUGUUGUCAGCUGAAGGUGGCAAAGGUGCCAUUUAUAAAAAGAAAACUGGGUUUUCAAAAUGGGCUAUGGGAGCACAAGCUGAAGCUUUAGUGCCUUCUACAAUGUGGUAUACUGUUUUCUAGAAUUUUAUAUGUGCUAGUCAUUUUCGAUUCAUACGGAACUUAGAUGGAUGUUCCAUUCACUCCCAUAGAGAAGUGUGUAAGUGGUAUGUCAGAGCGGCUUCUUACUUAGUUCACCUAAGUAAGGGAGAGGGAAGUUCUGUUUUUAAGAAUGACUUUAGAGCUUGAAACAACAGUACAGUUUUGGGACCAUCAGUUUUAUACUGUGAUAAUAGAAAAUGAAGCAGCAUGUUCUUAUUUCACUUAAAGCAAACCCUUUAGUUGUCUUCAUUGGAUGGCCUUAAUUAUUACCUCUCAAUCAUCUUAUAAAUGAUGUGCAGAAAUUGUACUUAAAGAAUACGUGAGGUUAUUUGUUUUAUGUGUAAGAAUAUAUUUACUUGAGUUUAAAAUAUAGGUCAUCCGACAGUGUUAGGUGCACUUUUGGCAGGAAGUAUGCAAGUAGUAAAAUGACAACAUUGAUAAUAUUUUCCCCUAAGCCACAAUUCCUAGUUUCAGGACUGUUGUUGUUAUGUUUCCCCAAAAGUUAUACCUUUAAUUAGCAUGAUAUUAAAAAAUCAAGUAUAAUUAUUUUAAUGCAAUCUGAUACAAUCAAAUUACUCAGUUGCCUUACCUCAUGGAAAGAGUUACUUCUAGAUUUAAAAGCUGAGUAUCACAUCAGUUACUUGGUUUCAACUUGAGUUUUCUUUUAAUGUUAAUACUAUUGAAACUUAGGUAUUUGGUGGAGAAUGGAAAGAAUUGCCCUUAUUGCAAGUAAUGAAGCCUGGUUUGAUUAUGAAGCUGCUUAAUUUACUCUUCAUGUGUUCAUAAUUACUGUGUUUUUUUUCUUUUUGUCACUGUAUACAUUAAAAUUUUUGAAAGUGCUUUACUAUGUAAAGUAUAGAUGGUCAUUUUAAUCAUCCAACCACAUACGGUUGACUGCUAAACUGCUUAUUCUGAUUCAAGAAUGCUUGGGUGCAUAUGGAAAGAUUGGGAAGGAGUGUGUGUCUUACAUCAACAGCUGUCUUAUUUAUGAUAAGUAGAAUAGAGCAAAUAUUGUUUGAAUCUUUGUCAUUUUUAGUACUGUUUCUGUAAUAAAGCUAAGUAUUUUAGAGGAAA